UGGUGCUGAGGAUCACAGAAAAUGGGGGAGAUCAGCAACAGCAGGACAUACGUUUAAUUUAAAUGCUAUUUUCUCAACAGACUGAGUACUAAUUUGAAACAUAACGUGACAGUUUAACAUCGCGUUCAAACUGCGCAUUAAAGUCGGUGGAUAUUAACCAAUAUGAUGUUAAAGUGAUUGUUAUUGUUUUCACUCUCCUCGUUCUGCUAGCUAGUUAGCAUUUAGCAUACAGCCGCUAGUUGGCCAGUACUGCGGAUCAAAAUGGAGGCGAGCAUCAGUUAAUGAAGUACUGAAUUGUUUAAAAAAUCAGCAGUUUGUAAUUUGUAGGGUUUGUAUGGUGAUUAGCUGUGCAUGUUAUUCAGUUACCAGCUUACCAACUUGUUUAGCAAGCCAGUAUACCAGCGUGCAGUGCAGUGUUCAAUAGCAUAAUGAAGGAUUUGUUACUUUGUUUCCAUUGAGGUCCAGGUCAGAUCAUUUGUGUUUACUUAAUUUGUGUUUGACACAGUGUCGUUUGUAGGUUAAUAUUUUAUGGUAUAUGGGCACUCUUGUGUUUUGUUAGGCUGUUGGAGCUAUGGUUAAUACUGUAGCUUAUUUCCAUCAUGAAUAUGAGGACCGAGUCCAUCUCCAACGUGAGACUGCACACAGAAUCUAAGAAUUAUUACCUGUCAAAAGGAGGACUAGGACGCACCAUCAGUGUUCCAAGAAAUCCACACGGUUUGGUGACAGAAACGCAAGACUCUCUUGGAAUUACUCUUAAGAGCACUGGACAGCAUUUUAUUAAAGCAAGAAACCUGGACCAGGACCUGGUUGGGAAAGCUGCUCGGCCUUUAUUGCCGGUUGAACUGAACAACACUGUUGCUUUUGGAGCAAGCUCUGAGAGCACAAACCCACUCACAUCUCAAGCUAAACCAAUGGGAGGCGAAGGAACCCCUGUUAAAAGCAAAAAUCCAUUUGGACAAACCGGUGUUACUGAGAAGGCAGAAUUUGUUUUAAUGAAUUCCAACAAUUCCAGAAAUGACACAAAGGGGUUAGACGCCAUGGGGGCUUCUAGUGCAGUAACUCAGGAACUUGCAGAAGGUAAACGAAAAAAUGCAAGGAAAUCCCCUGGCCAUCCCAAUUCACAGGCCAACUGUCUUCGUCAACUUCUCCUGCUUCAGCUUGACUUGAUAGAGCAACAGCAGCAGCAGCUGCAGGCAAAGGACAAGGAAAUAGAUGAGCUGAAAGCAGACAGAGAUACGCUGCUGGCACGGAUUGAACGAAUGGAAAGGCGUUUACAACUGACCAGUAAGGAACCACGUGAUAAGCGCCUGUUUCAACCAUUAGAACGCUGGGUGCCAGACACUAAUGACUUUUGGGAUUCAGAUUUAGGAGACAGUCCUCAGACAUCAAAGACAACUCCCUUUAGUCGAAGCAAUAGGGCGCAAAAGAGAAAAUGUGGCUUAUUGGAUGCCAAAAUGCAGAGAUCACAGGGCAAGUCUUCAAGGUUUACCCCGCAAAAGUCUGAAACUGCAGCAGCUUCACCAUGCCAAAGGGAGCUGCGAAGCAAAGAAACACCAGAGAAGACGGCACCUCAGAGGUAUAUAAGCCAGACAGAGACCAUGUUCGAUGACAUUGGCAGUGAAGAUGAAGACUUACCGUACAUGACAACAACAGAAAUGUAUUUGUGCUGCUGGCAACAACCACCUGACUCUCCAAUUUCUGAACCAUCCCCCAAGAAAGAGGAAGAUGUUGCCAUUCCUUCCUGGCGGGAGCACAGCAUCGAACCUUUGAGGGAGAAGGAUGCGUUUGACAUCUCUGAGAAUCUUGACAAUGGGGUGUUUCUGAAGCGCCAUUCCAAGCACGAGUUGGAUGAAAAGAGAAGGAAAAGAUGGGACAUUCAGAGAAUACGAGAGCAGCGAAUGCUUCAGAGACUGCAGCAACGCAUGGAAAAAAGAAAGCUUAAUGUUCAGGAAUGUGAGCCGGAGAUAUCCUCUUUUUACCCUGAUGGUGAUGAGGUGGAGUCGAUUGUCAUAACACCCUUCCUGCCUGUUGUGGCCUUCGGACGGCCUUUACCCAAGCUUACCCCACAAAACUUUGAGUUGCCUUGGCUUGAUGAAAAAAGUCGCUGCCGUAUAGAAAAUCAGAAAAAACAAACUCCUCACAGGACCUGUCGGAAAUGAGGCGGCCUGAAUGUUGAAUGGCAGUUGAAUGUUAAACGUCGCAGAGGGAGGUGACACAUUUGUGGCUGCUGGAUACUUGAACGACUUCAUGGGUUGGUGUGGGUUUACAGAUCAAUUGCAAUAAGAUUGCCAUGUGAAAAUGGCAGUAUUGCAAAAUUAAUUUAUAUUACUACUCAUCUGGACAAAUCCAUCCUUAGAAUGCCCUGUAUUUUUAAAACACACAUUGUGUUUAGUUUUGAUCGGGUUCUGUAUAAAAUAGUUCUGGUCCUGCUUAUUUUUAUAUAAACAUAAAUAUAUAUAAUGAUAUGAAAGCACCGCUUUAAGUGAUGCUCUUUGUGUUCAUUUGUGAAUGUUGAGUAUCUGAUGCAUAUUUUGCAUGUAAUGCCUCAAUUCUCAUAUGCUGCAAACAAUGGUCUAACAACCUUAAACGCACACUUGAGUGUACAAGCAGCAUGAAGAGUAUAACAGCGAGUGCAGAACACAGUGAGAACUUGAAAUGCUUAGUUUUGGAAUGCAUGGUUGUCUCCUGACAAAUUGUACUGAAUCUGUAUUCUAUUAAAAAGACUUCAAGCUUCACAAAUGUCUAAGUUGCAUUAACAGGCGUGUGCUUUUGUUAUAUUUUAACCCGAACUGGAGGUCUGUAUAGUGAUAUUGCCACGAGAGUGGACUUAAAGGGCAUUUAAAAACAAUUUUCAUUAAUCAAAUAGGUCGUCAGUCACUGUUAUUUCUCUUUUUUUUUCUCUGUGUGGCAUUCUGGCAUUAUUUUUUGUGAUGUCAUACCUGGCCUCCUGUGAUUCCUGUAUUAAUUUAGCAUUUAUUUGUCUUGCCAACACAUUUGUUCUUUUCUAAGUGUGUGUUUAUAUUUAGCUUUAUUUUAUUUCUUGGUUGUAUAUAAGCAAAAUGUUAUUUUUGUAUUAUUUAAUGUUUUUGUAGUAAGUUCAGUGUAGAUACUGAUAGGAACUAAAGUCAGUUGAUUUUGAAAAGAAUAGAAAUUCUAUUUUGUCUUUCUUUUAGUGUACGCAUGUAAAUGCAAUGGUUUGUGUGAAAUCUGAUCUGCCCAUAUUUACCUGAAUAUAACACAAAACUUUU